UGUAUUAUAUUGUGUUGUGUUCACUCUGUAGUCUAUACUGGUGUAUGCAUAUAUGAGAAGAGAGAUCUGGAGAGAUAAGAGAUGGAAGCAGAGAGCUGCAGAAAUCCAUGUCCGGCGACCGAUUUCAACGCAUUGCCGGAGAAUUGCAUAGCGAACAUGUUGUCUCUGGCGAGUGCUCCAGAUACUUGCCGGCUUUCGUCGCUGGCGUCCACUUUCCGGUCGGCUGCGGAGUCUGACACAGUUUGGGAGAGAUUUCUGCCGUCAGAUUAUCAGGACGUCAUUGCCCGAGCUACCGAUUCUUCUCCGCCUGUUUUCACAUCUAAGAAAGAGCUUUAUCUGAGCCUCUCCGAUCAUCCCCUCAUCGUCGAUGGUGGGACUAAGAGUUUUUCAUUGGAUAAAUGGAGUGGGAAGAAAUGUUUCAUGUUAGCUGCAAGAUCCCUCACAAUUGUUUAUGGUGAUACACCUAUGUAUUGGAGAUGGAUUUCUCUACCCGAGUCCAGAUUCGCUGAGGUGGCAGAGCUUGUCGAUGUGUGUUGGCUUGAAAUUCGUGGGAGGAUAAGUACUCGGAUGAUAUCGCCUGACACAAACUAUGCAGCUUACCUUGUGUUCAAGUGGACGAAAAGAGUAUAUGGAUUUCAAUCCCAACCAGUGGAGGGCUGGGUAGGACUUCGUGGGAGUGAAGAGGAAUUAAGGAGUUUUUAUCUGGAUCCUAAUGGAGGGCAGGGGCGUCGAACUCAUAUUUUACCAAGACGAAGAGGGCGAAUGGGGAUUUUCAACCGCACCCUUGCUAAGAUGCAGAGACCACAAGUCGCCAUGCCAAGUGAAAGCAGCGAUCAAUGUCCGAAGGAGAGAGGAGACGGGUGGUUGGAGAUGGAGUUGGGUGACUAUCUUUACAAGAGUGGAGAAGAUGGGGAACUAGAAAUAUGUUUGCAAGAAGUGAAGGGUGGCAACUGGAAAAGUGGCCUCAUUCUUCAAGGAAUUGAAAUCAGGCCAAAGAAUAGUAAAUAAAUGAAAAGGUAAUGUGUAAAAAAAACCCGUUAUAUGUAGAAUGUACAAAUACCCCCACCCUUUACAUUUCCCAAAAAAAAAAAUUAAAGCACUGAUUUCAGUUUUGAGGAGUAUUUUGUGGGGAUUUAUAAAUAAAAAAAAGUUAUUUAAAUUUGACAGUCGACAGAUAUUAGGUGCAAUUUGGGCAUAUUUUGAAAUGCUAGAGAUUUGUACUCUAAAUGAAAUCAAGAAUGUAUAUAUUUGUAGCCAGUUUCCAUAAAAUGUAUAUAUUGGUAACAACUUUCCAUUUUUUUGGAAUUGAAUGGGCUGUUAUCUAA